AUGGACGUCUUUGAUAGCAUGCAUUGGAAAACAACAAAGAAGCUAUUGUCUGUGAUAGGCGCUUGGCCGUUUCAGCCGGUCAGUCAGCGAAAAGCCCUCGGAGCUUUGUUUUACUUGAUCAUACAAAGUAUCUACAUAGCAGAGAUUUUGAAAUUGUUUGUAGUAUGGGGGAAUUUAACAGAUACUCUUGAUUGUUUGCCGGUUUUUGUGUAUCAUUCUAUGGUCCAAGUAAAAAUGGCAAAUUGUCUUUUUAAAAUAAAACAGGUCAAAGUUAUGUUACUGCAAAUUAAGAGAGAUUGGGAAUCAGAUUUAUAUGACCAUGAAAUUAAGAUACUACGUGACGACGCACGAAUUCAUAAAGUUGUAAUGAAUUUUUAUUCAAGCGGCUUAUCUUCAGUAGCCGUUGUUUAUGCAGCAGUACCAAUAACACCAAUAUUCCUGGACUUGAUUCUUCCAUUAAAUGAAACAAGACAGAAAAUUUUACCUUACCCCACUGAAUAUUUUGUAGAUACCGAGAACAAUUUUUACAUACUGUAUAUCCACGGUUUUAUAGUGACCCUCAUAGCAUUAUUCUAUUUUCUCGCCUUUGAUUUGACUUAUGCGGGGUUGGUCUCGCAUGCUUGCAGCAUAUUCACAAUUAUUGGAGGACGCUUGAAGAACUUGACAUCUGGAACAAAAGCAAAAGAUAAUUCUCUCAAGUCUUUGGUAGUUUGCAUUAAAAUGCACAAGGACAUUUUGAAAUUUUCAGAACUUUUGGAAGAAAACUAUACAAAUUAUUUUUUUCUAUUGCUCGGUAAUAUUGUACUCGGGCUUACAGUUACAGGCUUUCAACUUACAGUUUUAGCGACGGAUAUCGGAGAUAAAAUAAAAUGCAUUUGGUACGGAACAGGCCAGGUGAUUCAUCUAUUUGUUCUGAGUUAUUUUGGCCAAAAAUUAAUCAACUGCAGCGAAUACAUCAAUGAGUCAAUAUGCGAGUCUAAGUGGUACAAUUAUUCCCAAAAAACGAAACUGUUGAUUAUUUUGGUACUAAUGAGAGGUAAAAUAAUAACGACGUUAUCGGCUGGAAAAAUUUACAUAAUGUCAAUUGAAAACUUUUCUUCCGUAAUGAAAUCGUCAAUGUCUUUUUUCACCGUUUUAACAUCUGUCCAGUGA